UAUAAUGUAUUUGAUUUACAAAAGAAGUUAAUUUAAAUUUAAAUAUUCGGAAACCUUUAAAAACAUGUCUAUCUGUCAAAUUAAGGAAAUUACUGGCGACUUGUUUUGCGCGAAUGAGAAAUAUUCAAUGGCGCAUUGUGUAGCAGCCGAUAUGAGACUUGGCAAAGGAAUUGCUGUAAAAUUUAGAAAUAAAUUCGGUCAAAUACCCAAACUAAAGCAGCAAAAUGUCAAGCCAGGCGGCGUAGCAAUUUUGCAAGACAAGUCGCGCUUCAUUUAUUAUUUGGUGACCAAACAGAGUAGUUGGGGUAAACCUACCUAUCAAACACUACACGAUUCACUGUACGCAAUGAAAAUACAUAUGCUCAAAAAUGAGAUUUAUAAAUUGGCCAUACCGCGUAUUGGCUGUGGUCUCGAUGGUUUGGUUUGGCAAAAAGUUAAGGAUUCGUUGCAAGAAGUCUUCAAGGAUACGCCGAUUGAAAUACUUGUUUAUAAUUAUGUGCCAUAAAGUGUUAAGUACAAAUAUUAAUAUAACUUAUU